GGAGAAUGGUAUCUUCCCCUGCGGAACGAUUAGCAACGGAUACGUCCGACAGCACGGAUGAGGAACCGGAAAAAACGUCCGAACCACCAAACACGACGGAAUGUGAUUCGCUGCACAGUGGCCGCCAGCUUGUCCACACCAUCCUGCCGAUCAAUGUGGACGUACUGUUUGAGCUGCUGUUUUCCCGCUCCAAGUUUCUGACCGAGUUUCACGAAGUACGCAAAACGACCGACAUGGUGCCGGGCGAGUGGAAGGUGAACAAGGACGGACUGAAGGAGCGGGUCGUAACGCUCACGAUUGCCAUUACGCAAACGAUCGGACCGAAAAAUGCCCACGUCACGGAAACGCAAGUGAUGCGCAAAUGUUCCCUGCCCGGCCAUCUGUACGCGAUCGAUGUGACCGCGGUGCAGGGCGGCAUACCGUACGCGGAUAGUUUCUACGUCACGCAGCACUACUGCAUGUCCCGUACGGUCGAUAAUCAUACGGUGUUUUCCGUGCACGCCCAGAUCCACUAUCGGAAGUCAAUCUUUGGUUUUGUGAAGGGAUUUAUCGAGAAAAACACAUGGGUAGGGUUGGAAGAUUUCUACACCUCGCUGUUGCGCAAUCUGCAGAGCGAGUACUGCAUUCCCCCGGCCAAGAGCAAGGGCCGACGUACGCGCCGUAGCGUACACGCGCAAAACAAGGUGAUCGAGGAGACGAUCAUCAUCGCGGACCAUACCAAAGUGAAACCGAUUCGUGUGCCAACGGUGGUGGUUGGCGGUGUUGGUGGGCUACCACCGAAAGAGUCCAGAUCGGGCUACAAGCUGUUCGUGGCAUUUUUACUGCUGGUUCUGCUCGUGGUUAACACGACGCUCUACACGAAGCUGCUACAGAUGGAGGAUAUGGAGCGGAUGUCUCGGUUGGACAAUAGCGAGGAGCUGGAUUCGCUGCUGCUUGCGAAAACGGUCCGAACGCGUAACGAUUGGUUAACGAUCUUCCAGCAGCAGGAAUCGCGGUACAACGAUGAGAUGCUCGAAUGGCAGAAAGUCCUGUCGACGGUUACGGAAAUGCUGAACAAGGCCAGUGUGCUGUGUACCAAGCUUUGCCGGAUGCCGGACAAUGGGACCAACAGCGGUGGGUAG